AUGGACAGGAGUCGGGGGGCGAUGGUGAGCACCUGGUGUGGCUGCACCUGGAGUUAUGAGUGACGGCUGGGCGGGGCUUCCGACCACUGCUGACUGGCCCUUUAAACCCACAGCGUCCGGCAGGGUCCGAAAUAUUGUGAAUAACAUUGAGGAGAGCCUGAGCCAGGCGGCAACUCGCAAUUCUAGUGGCCAAGGUCACCGAACGAGCAAGUGGUCUCCAGGAAGGGAGCUGGAGAGGGGCAGAGCCUUGCAUGUCAAGGCCGCACUGCUUAACGUGAAGGCAGAUGGAGCGGGAGGAACAGGCUGGGCCGGGGCUAAGCUGAAUGAGGUGCUGCUGCCUGGACACAGAGCGGGGGCCAGGGGGCAGGUGGCUCCCAAUGGCUGUGUCGUGAAGCAAAGACUGCAAGAGAUGCACUCGCCGGGCAGUGCACACCACUUUGCUGACCAAGCCCGGCUCAGGAACCAGGGCCUCAACAUCCGGCAAAAAAUCUCACAGUGGGAGGUGAAGUCCAGCGUGAGCAACACGGACAAAGCCAAGUCUGGAGAAGGUGGUUUGCAAGUGGAGUAUGGAUGUGCGUUUAUCUCCAAGGCCAAGACACAGAGUCCCGGCCCGAGGAAACGAGCCCUGGUGAAGGCCAGGAGCCUGGGGCUAGAUUUCAGGGAAGGACAGAAGGCGACUGACCCAAACAUCAAGCAUGGUGCUGAGAGAAACAGGGCGGCUGCUAAUUCCAGAGCCCAGAAGGUGGGGGGUUUGGGAAGCUCCUCGGUUCUCCCUCAAGUCAACAAACUGGAGACGUUGGCUCCGGGCAGCUCGGGCGAUAGCAAGCUGCUGCCUCCCGGCAACUUUUACACCUCGCAGAACUUCUGGAAGAAGCUGGAGGACGUCCCACAGGACGAGAGGAAGGAGUUGGGGGCCACGGAGCCGGGGGGUCCCAGCGAGAGGCUGGAGUCGAGUCGUCCUGGAGGCAGCGCCGUGAUCCUGAGAGACCCUCGAGACAGCGUGUUCACUGAUUCGGAAGGGACGAAGGAAGCCCCCGUGAUUAACAUUAAUCCCCUGCCCAAACCCCAACGGACCUUUAAGUACUCUGGAGAGCAGGAUUCCGGGAGCACUCCCACUCCCGCUCCCCCCUCGGGAAAAGGAAAGGGGCCGACCACACACUCCCCUCCCCCGCUGCUGCUCAGCCCACCCCCUGCACUCAGGCAGCUCGGCAAUGGGACACAGAUAGUGAGGAGCAACAGAAAAUCCUUUGAGUUUGAGGACGCCGAGGGUUUGCACAUCCUGCAGACUCCAGCGGCAAGUGAGCGGAGCCGAGAGGGGACCGAGAAGCCAAAGCAGGUGCUCUCCCACACCGUGUCUGAUGAGAACAUCUAUGAGGAUAUUGUGGAUCCUUCCAAGGAGAACCCAUACGAAGACGUCAAAUUCACCCCCUCGCUCCUCGCCAGAGGGAAAAGAGUUUGGGGUUCACCAGCGGCGCGACCCAGGAGACCCCCGAAGCUCCCCCCCAAGCCGGCCAGCCUCCUGGCCCAGACCGCAGACAGUAAGAGCUGGAAGGUUUCGGAGAUCAGGAAGUAUGUGAAGGAGGGUCCAGGCCGUCCCAACCCGCCCUCGCUGCUCGUCAGCUCUGAAGAUCCCGGGACUGGAGAUGUGAGGAAGAGGAAGAAGAUUCCGCGACUGGUGGCGAAGAUACAAGCGAUGUACGAUGCUAAGAGAGGGAAGAAGAAAGUCAAGACACUGUCUGCCUCUGGACAUGAGGCCACAGUGGCUAAAGAUGAGAACAGUGAGACUGAGAGUGACACAGAGGAACAGCAGAAAGCUCACAGCCAGCGACUGGUGCAGGUUCACUCCAGCCUGAAACGUAACACUCGUUACCAGACCCUAGAGCGGGACCUGAUUGAGCUGCAGGAACAGAAGCUUUUCGAGUACUUUGUGGUGGUCUCUCUGCGCAAGAAACCUCCCUCCAACACCUACAAACCUCAGGUCACACAGCAGUUCCCCAGUAAGUUAGAGAAGACGAGCAGACAAGCACGCGAUGCUGAGGAGAGACUGAAAGCCAUCCCACAGUUCUGCUUUCCUGAUGCCGAUGACUGGGUGCCAGUCUCCGAGUACGUCAGUGAAACCUUCUCGUUCGUCCUGACCGGGGAGGACGGGAGCAGGCGCUUCGGGUACUGCCGCAAACUCUUGCCCAAUGGGAGAGACAAGCGGCUCCCAGAGGUUUACUGUAUUGUCAGCCGUCUUGGCUGCUUCUACCUCUUCUCAAAGAUUCUGGACGAGGUGGAGAAGAGGAGGAAGAUCUCUCCGCCGCUGGUUUACCCCUUCAUGCGCAGCGUUAUGGAGGCUCCCUUCCCUGCCCCCGGCCGGGUCAUCACCAUCAAGAACUUCCUCCCGGGGUCAGGAAACGAGGUGAUGGAGCUUUGCCGUCCCUCUGACUCCCGCCUGGAGCACGUGGACUUCGAGUGUCUCCUGAGUUGUCUGAAUGUGCGGCACCUGGUCCAGGUCUUCGCGUCUCUCCUCCUGGAGCGAAGAGUGAUCUUCAUUGCGGAUAAACUCAGCACUCUCUCCAAGUGCGGUCAUGCUGUUGUGGCCAUGUUGUACCCAUUCACCUGGCAACACACCUACAUCCCCGUGCUGCCAGCGGCUAUGAUCGACAUUGUGUGCUCUCCCACGCCUUUCCUCAUCGGAAUCCUCUCCAACUCCAUGACUCUGCUCAACGACCUGCCCAUCGAGGAGGUGUUGGUUGUGGACCUGUGCGCUGACCGUUUCCUGAGGCAGAUGGAUGAUGAAGAUUCCAUUCUUCCGCGCAAACUCCAGGCGGCACUGGAGCUGAUCCUGGAGCAGAGGAGCGAGAUCCUGGCUCAGGCUGAAGAAGGAGAGGCAGAGGACGGCCCCUGCUCUCUGAGCACACUCAUCUCAGAAGCCUUCGUCAGGUUCUUUGUGGAGAUCGUGGGCCACCACUCAUUGCACAUGUCGAUUAACGAGAAGGGCGAGCGCGUGUUCCAGAGAGACGCCUUCCGCAAGUCCCACACCUCCAAGAGCGUCCGCCAAUUCCUGGAGCUGUUCAUGGAGGCCCAGAUGUUUGCCGGCUUCAUCCAGGACCGGGAGCUUCGGAAAUCUGGGAUCAAAGGGCUGUUUGAGGUGCGAGCCGGAGAAUACUUAGAGACGAUUCCAGAAAGUGGACCCAGUGGAGUCAACAAGUUCCUGAAGGGCCUGGGAAAUAAAAUGAAGUUUCUUUCUAAGAAGGGAAACAAAGAUUCGGGGACAUAAGAUGUGCUGCUGACCCCGUGCCCAGUGCCUGGACUCUGUCCCUCUACGUUCCAGCUCAGUGCCUGCCUCUUGGGAGGGACAAACGGCACUUUGACCUGGAUAACGGACACUUUAGGACUGAUGGUGCUACCAGCCGGGUCAGUCAGACACAACGUUCCGGAUUGGGAAUACAGCCUGGUUUCAGCUCCUCCCCCUCUUGCCCAGGCCGGGAAAGAGCCAGUAAGGUGGGCAGGCGGGCGGGCAGGAGGUCACUGUGGGCGACACGACACAGGAAAGCAGUUGGCCGGCCGGACACGUGUGUUUGCAGACGGCCUCCGCGGCUCAAUCGGGUUGAAGCAGCUCCAGCUGUUGAUUUCUCCAGCGAGUCUGAGCUGGGGUCUCCACCACUCCCUGACCCUCACACUUCCCAGGAUCCUUUACCAGUGAGAUGCCCCCCUAAGGGUCCUGGUUUCAGAGACCACCACAGGAAAGUGAUUUCACCCUCCCCCUCCCUGUCUGUGACGCCUUCACCCCCUCCCCACCAAGUCUGUGACCCCUUCAUGUCGUCGUCCCCCCAACCCCAGUAAGAACUAGAGCUGGAAGGAUGAUACUCAGCACCUAAUCCAUGCAACUGGGAGCAGCUUUAGCAGAUAAACUUUAGUGGAACUUUAAUAUGACUGAAAGUCCAAGUGUCUAUAUGGUAAUUCCUGGCUCCUGAGAGAGGCCACACAGUCUGACCCAGGAUUUAUGGGGUUCAGUAGAAGCCGGGGUCCUCAUGCCCUGAGCUCUCGCACAUCAUCUGGGCCUGGGCUUCUCUCUUGCAAAUGGGUUACGUGACCUUUACUCCACAGGCACCACAGUCUCAAACCCGCUCCUUACAUUUAAGGGCCUUAGAAGUUCAUAUGUACACACACACACAUGCACACAUAGGGUGAUGGCACACACACA